AUGCAGGCAUCAGCCGGAAAGGCGUCCCUUCCCUCUUCAAUUCGGCAAAUCAUCCAAUCUGACGGUCUGAGGGGGUUGUAUCGAGGAUUCGGAAGUACUGUGGCCCGCGAGACCCCCUUCUCCUUCAUCCGACAUCCACUCUGGGAGGCGUUGAAGCGGUGCAGGACCAAAGAGAUGGGCCCUGUUGGACGAGUCGGUCAAUUCUUCCGAGACCGAUUGAGAUCGUCGCGGCCCUCGAAAAUCAUUGUGCGUCAAAACGAGCUUCGGCAGACGAUACUCGUCUUUGGCGCCGCGUUGAGCGUCAUUAUGGGCGUCUCUCCACCACUGAAGGGAGCAUUCCCCCUUGAUCACGACAAGAAAUGCAAGCUCGACAUGUUGAAUUACAUGUGUUGCCUGCACGAGAAGAAGCAAAAGAACACGGAAUGUCGAGAUCUGGCCCGUGGAUAUUUCAAAUGUCGAAUGGAGAAUGGGUUGAUGGAUCGAGACGACUGGAAUACACUCGGAUAUGGCGAUACAAACCAGACGCAGCACAUCAACACGCCAAACAAA